UCUUGUCGGGAUGAUUUCAUUCUAGAUCCAUAGUUCCAACUUGACAUUAAUAAUUAAGUUAUUACAGAAAAUUUACCAAGAUAUGAGAAUUGAUCUUUGCAUGAAAUACAACGGAUGUAUUUUAUUUAUGACUCAAAUUAGCAAUAAUUGAAGUGUUUACUCUGUCUACCAUAGUCAUCCUACACAUACAUUUUAUAAUGAUUCUCUAUUUGAGAUUCCCAAAAUACAAGACAAUAAAUUAAAACUCAACCACACUCAUGUUCCUUUAAUUUUGAUUGUGAUGCCCUGAUGCGCUUAGAUUGGGAAAAUAAAUUGAUCCAAUAAAAAAGUGACAACAAAGUGUUUGUUGUCUUAGCAACCCAGUUUGUUUAAUUUCUCUCAGCAAAGAGAUAGAGCAGUUAGAGGUUAUAUUGAGGACCAACAAUAUUCAAAUAUGAGUGCUGUUGUUGAUGAAAUUGAAAAUACAAAAGAAAAAUUGAAUACCCUGGAAGAAGAUAAAAACUCUGGACCACGGAUGACCAAAGAGGCAAUCAGAAAACACUGUAAAGAGCAUAAUCUCUAUUUGACACCGUAUCUGAAUGAUAUUCUAUACCUUCACUUCAAAGGCUACAGUUACAUUGAAAAUUUGGAGGAAUAUGUUGGAUUGAAGUGUCUUUGGCUUGAAAAUAAUGGCUUAUUGAAGAUAUCAAACUUAGAGAACCAAGUUGAACUGCGUUGUCUAUAUCUCCAUAACAAUCUGAUUGACAAAAUAGAAAACUUGGAUUGUUUGAAAAAUCUAGUUACCAUCAACCUGUGUCAUAAUUACAUCCAAAAAAUCGAAAACUUGAGUGGUCUACCUGUACUGAAAACACUCAGUAUUAGCCACAACAAAUUAACGUCGUUUGAUGAUAUCUGCCAUCUCAUAGACUGCAAAGAGCUGUCAGCAGUUGAUUUGUCUUAUAACCAAAUUGACGAUCAAAAAAUUAUUGAAAUUAUGGGGGCAAUGCAGAGUCUAAGGGUACUGAACCUGCUAGGGAAUCCUGUGAGAAAUAAGAUCAAUUUCUACAGGAAAGUUCUGACCUUGGAAUGCAAAGACCUGCAGUACCUUGAUGAUAGACCAGUUUUCCCAAAAGACAGAGUCUGCGCGGAAGCAUGGAGAGAUGGUGGAGAGAGAGCUGAGGAAUUAGCAAGUAAGAAAUGGGCCGACGAUGAACAGAAGAAACUCCAUGAAAGUGUCAUGGCGUUGUUGAGUCUGAAAAAGAGAAAAAUGUAUCAAUCAGCAUUGGAUGAUGAACUGAACAGUAAUGAUGCCGACAACAGAGAGAGGAGAUGUGAUACAAACAUAGACUCUGAAUCAAAGUCCGAGGUUGGAACAAGCAGUUGCUCUUCAUCUUCAGAUGAGGAACAAUACUCUGAUGAUGAGACAGAAGCAGGUAUGGAAAGAGUUGUCAUGCCAUGGGAUUCAAGAAAAGACUCUGGAGAAAUAAUUGACAGGCCAGGAAAAGCAAUCCUCAUUGAAGAAAUCUCUGAACAAACUGAUGACCAAGAAAAAACAAUAAUUGUGGCAGCGAAUCAUAAUGAUAAUGAAAAGAGCUACGAUGAAAAAAUACAAGACCCACUGAGAACUACUCCUAAUAUUGAUGAACGUUUUGAAAGAAUUGAGGGAGUAAAUUAUGAUUCAUAUCUGAAACGAACAGAGAUCAUUUCAUCUCAAACCCAGCGUUGUGACAAGAGAGAGAAAUUCAGUGCAUUAAUGAAAAUAUGUGAAACUAUUGAUGAAGAAAAUGAAAAUUCAAUUAUAACACCACCAGCACUGGAUUAUUUAGCAGAUAUUCCGUAUUCUGUUGAGCCUGACUCUCCCAGUAUAGGCCUAAACCCCUCCUUCUCAAUCAUUGAGUUGAAUGAUUGUGAAAAUUCAAAGCAUGUAGAAAAUAUAAACGUAGAAAGUACUUCAGGUGCGACUUCAAGUUCCAGUCUCCUGUCUAAUAAUGGUGAAACAGAUAGCAAUUCAGAUUCCAGUGCUACUUCUAUAAUAGAGGUGGUCAAUGCAGUUCAGCAAGAAAAAUGUGAUCUUGAUGCACUCAAGACUUUUAACAAUGGUGGAGAAGGUCAAGAAAAUACAGGUGGAAAUUGCAAUGAUAUCAAUAGAGAGCACUUCAAUUCUGAGGAUGAUGAAUCCUCUAAUGAUAUUUCGAAACAUCAAAUGUUCGAGAGACUUAAAAAAAUAUCCGAAAGUUUUUCAUUGACGAAAGAAACUAAUAAUCUGUCAAAGUCAUCAAUUAAUUCACUGUGCUAUGAUGGAAUGUCACCAGAAGUUAACACAUUCAUUGAAAAAAUAGAGAACAUUGAAAGUGGGGUACUUGAGAGAAUUGGUAAGACGAGGAAUAAUUAUGCUAUGCAAAGUGAAGAAAGUGUAGAAGCUAUUGAUAUUCCAAAACAAGAUGAUAGUUGCCGGCACUCGAAAAUUAGUUUCGAUAAAGAGGAUGAAGACGGAUGCACGAAAUCAAAUUCAAACCCAAUGACAACUUUGAAUUAUAUCAUAGACGAUGGUGGAUGUUCAAACUUUGAGCUUGGAGCAAAGAAAUCUGAAAUCAGUAAUGCUGGAAAUGAAUUUUGUACAAAAGCUUCAGAAAUAAACGCAAACUUUCUUCAGAAUGAUACAUCAAAUCAGAACAUUUCCUAUGCUGAAGCUGAUGAGAAAUACUCAACUCAUGAGAUCACUGAAGAGUGUAAAGCCGAUUUUCUGAAUAUGCAUUCUGAUAAAGAUAUUAAAGAGUUGGAAAUUUACAAUGAAAUUAAGCCUGAGGAGAAGGAAGAAGAAGAAGUGGUAGCUGAGGCUCUAUCAUGUAAUACAAUUUCUGAAACGAGUUUCCAUGCUCAACAGACUACAUCAGAAAAUAAUUUAAAUCAUGUCUAUGACAAUGUUCAAGAUCCACCAAAAUCCAAAAAUUAUUCUUUAGAAUUACAGAUGGCUGUUGAAGCAUCAAAAUAAUUUUCAUAAUUUAAUUUAUCAGCUACUUAAUAAUAAUUGUAUGCAUAAUUGUAUCUAUGCUCAAUUCACAAUUUCCUUUGAAAUUGAAAAUUCCUGUUUAACACAUAUAUCUGAAUAUAAUUAUAUACACAUAUUACACACAUAUACACAUAUUAUAUUACAUAUAAUUCAAUAAUAUACUGUACUUCAUAAAUGUUAUUAUGGAAGUAAUGAAUAAACUAGUAAUUGAAUACUCUUUGUUUUUCCGUUUCCAUUUUAUAUAUCCUUUGAAUUAUUUAUUUCAUUCUUUUCCAAUUUGGUUUUGUUCUUGUUGUUAUAUAUGGACAUACAUACAGUUUGUAGGAUGCAGUUUAUCACAUGUAACGAAUUUGAUAAAAAAUAAAACUUAUCAAAAGUGUUUGAUAAAAAAUAAAACUUUAGGCCCACACUGCUUCCAAUGAAAAGCUUCACAUAGGAUUUUCGUUUAUUUUCUCUGUUCCCAAAAUAAAAUUAGAUUGAUUUGAAUGGAAUCAUGAUGAACAUUAUUAUGAUAGCUCUAGACGUUUGUAAGACGUAACUUACAGUAUAUUGAAAGUUGAGCAAUAGAAUUUUUGGAUAAAACGCUGCUGGAAAUUGCUGUAUCAUCUCUGAUAAAAAGUCCAUUGCAAUAAAGUUUUCUUCA